AUGAGCUCCAAGUCGUCGAUGGAGAUCCGCACCCCCUUCUUCCGCCGCCGCUUCACUCAUUUGGACAUUAGCUCGAAGCUUGAUGCCAAGGCUCACAAAGGCACAGAUGAGGGUGUGCAACAUGAUUCCCCCAAUGUCCCUGAUGGCUCGCAACUCAUUAGCCUGCCCGUCGGCCAGCACGGCGAAAAAAUUGCCGUGUACUGGUCCGCCUCGCCGAACAACCCCAAGGUGGAGCACGCGUUUGUGAUGAUGCACGGCCGUCUGCGCGAUGGUGACCACUACUGGACCGUCAUGAACAAUGCUCUUAAGGCUGCCCAGAAGGCCAACUACGGUGGUGCCCGGAAGGAGUCGAUCAUUGUCGCCCCCGAGAUGUAUUCCACCAAGCUGAACAAGGGACAGUACGAUGCCAAGACCCUUGCCUGGGGUGAGACGAACGCCUGGCAAGCCGGCGGUAUUGCUACCCACCCUAAGGGCACCAACCUUACCUCGAUGGACGCGCUGGACGCCAUUCUCGACCACUUCUCCGACCGCCAGGCUUUCCCUAGCAUGAAGAACAUCACGCUCGUUGGUCACGGCGGCGGUGGUCAGCUCAUGAACCGCUACGCUGCUACCGGUAAAGACCCCAAGGACUCCAACCUCUACGUCCGUUACAUUGUUGGCGACCCCAGCAGCUCGCCUUACUUUACCCACCACCGCCCCGUCACGGACAAGUCGAUUGCCAGCAAGGACAGCUGCCACGGAUACGACAACUGGCGCUAUGGAUUCGCCGACUUCCCGGGUACCCUGGACUCCAAGCUUACCCCGAAGGACUACUUCAAGCGCUACCUGAGCCGCGAUGUGCUCAACAUUGUCGGUCUUAAGGACGUGCAGCACAACGGUGACCAAAAGUGCAUGGCUCUGCUUCAGGGUGGCCACAAGCGCCGUGACCGCAACUUCAGCUGGUGGCGCUACGUUAACUCGCUCGCCAAGACGAACGAGGACCUGAGCGGCUUCCCCGGCAACUUCUCGGAUCUGCCCGACUGGAGCGACACCCACAAUGGCAGCAUUGGUACUCGCCUUGCCAUUGUCGAGGACGCUUCGCACAAUGCCGCCAAGAUCUUCUCUAGUAAGAUUGGCCGCUCGGCCCUCUUUGACCACUAUUCGAUUGACAUGGGCUGGCGCCCUGCCGCUUGGCACAAGAACCAGAAGAACAAGGCUGCUUCCAAGUCGUCGAGCAAUUCGACCAGCUCCAGCAGCUCCAAGAGCUCUAACAGCUCUAACAGCUCCAGCAGCACUAGCAGUGCGAGCAGCACCGGCAGCACUGGCCGCUCCAGCGGCUCCAGCAACGCCGUCAAUGCUAUCAGCUCCAACAGCGCUAGCAGCACCACUAGCAACUGA